CCAGUGUGGGCUCCGCCGUAGCCCGCGGCCUCCGGGCGGCGCUAUGGCCCGUCGGGCAGCCCCACAGAGCCGCCAUAGCCGCCCGCUUCCUUUAACCCAACGUCCUCGCCGCCGGCUCCGCGCCUCCGCCAUGGCAGAUGUGGAAGACAGCGAAGAGCCCUGCGCCUUGUCAUCCCACUCCGGGAGCGCAGGCUCCAAGUCGGGAAGCGACAAAAUGUUCUCGCUCAAGAAGUGGAACGCGGUGGCCAUGUGGAGCUGGGACGUGGAGUGCGAUACAUGCGCCAUCUGCAGGGUCCAGGUGAUGGAUGCCUGUCUUAGAUGUCAAGCUGAAAACAAACAAGAAGAUUGUGUUGUGGUUUGGGGAGAGUGUAAUCAUUCCUUCCACAAUUGCUGCAUGUCCCUGUGGGUGAAACAGAACAAUCGCUGCCCUCUCUGCCAGCAGGACUGGGUGGUCCAAAGAAUCGGCAAGUGAGAGCAGUAGAAGGCUUUCUUGGUGCAGCUGUUCCCAGCCCUGGUAGAUUUGCUGUCAAGUGCCCAGUGAAGGCUAGAACACUCCAGGGAACUAAUUCUUCAGAUAGGAGUCGCUGGAUCUAUGGUUCUUUGGGACUCAUCAAAGGCAUGGUUUAGCAUUUCGACAGUUUUAAUUUUCAAGAUUCUCUACAAUUAAGAAAAUAAUUUAUUAAAGAUGGUCUUUCCUACC